GAGAGAGAGAGAGAGAUUCAGAAAGAAAAAAAAGUUACAAGAAUAGACAAGGUAUUUGACAUGACUAGGGAUGGAAAGAGAAACAUUGUGAGGCAGAUUAUGAUUGUGGGGGGAAAGCAGAAAUGGUGCUUUUCAUUACUCUGGGGUAUACAUAGCACUGAUCUUGGCCAUACUUUCCAGAGCCAGCUUGCUUGGAGAACAAUUUAUUGAGACAAGGAGGUAGUAGAUUGCCACUUUCUUCUUACAGGAUAGUUGGGCAUUUCAUUGGACCUUGGGAGCCAUUGUGUGUAAGUAGUCUGGGCCGGGGGGGUUCCUGUAUGGGGACAAGAGAAUGGUGCUGUGUCCUGUUUGGGAGGAUAUUGCUCUCUAUAUGGAGGGACUUAGGGGUCCCUGUAUGUGGAGAAUGUGGGCUUCGGGAAUCAUUCUUGUGUUUUGUGUUCAGUUUCAGGGUGGAACUGAGCCUUGAGGAUUUGGGGAAUCAUUCUUUGUGUUGUAUUGGGAAAGGGGAGAAGAUAGACUUCAAUGCAUUGUAAUAUGAAAUCUUUUCCAUAAGGAGGAAUAGGACAAAGUUGUCCAGCUGCUCUUGGGCUACAUAGAGAGAGGAAGGUCACUUCCGGAUAUUAUGAAAGGACACUGAGUCCCUAGGGCUGUAUCCUAGCCCAAAAGAGUCCACUUGACCUCUACAGUUGGCCUUCUCCUGGUCUCAUUUCACUAAAAGAAGGUUCGGGAUGGGGAGCCCAUCUUUCUGGGCUGUCCGUGGCCUGCUGCUCCAGCUGUUACUGCUCUGGGCCUGGGGGCAAGGAGCCCAGGACGGUGAAGAAGUGAUCCGAAUUCAGAAGGUGACCCAUGGCACUGUGCGGGCAGGACUGGCGGAGCUGGUGGCCCUACCUUGCCUCUUUGUCCUCCGACACCCACAGGAGCCUGGCCCUCCACACGAUCCAGCUCGGGUCAAGUGGACCAAGGUUCGAGCUGCCUCAGGCCAGAGGUUGGAAGUACCGGUUCUGGUGGCCAAGGACAAUGUGGUGAAGGUGGCCCGUGGCUGGCAGGGCCGGGUGACGCUGCCCGGGUACCCCCAGAACCGUUCCAAUGCGACGCUCGUGCUUGGGCCCCUGCGGGCCAGUGAUGCUGGUCUCUACCGCUGUGAGGUCGUGACUGGCAUUGAGGAUGAACAGGACCUGCUGCCUCUGGAAGUAACUGGUGUUGUAUUCCACUAUCGGUCUUCCCUGGGCCGCUAUACCUUGAGCUUCCAAGCAGCUCGAGAAGCCUGCCGUCGCAAUUCUGCCGUCAUCGCUGCCCCCCGACACCUGCAGGCGGCCUUCGAGGAUGGCUAUGACAAUUGUGAUGCUGGCUGGCUGGCUGACCGCAGUGUCCGGUAUCCCAUCACAUUGUCACGGCCUGGUUGUUAUGGAGACCGGAACAGCCUACCAGGGGUCCGUAGCUACGGCCGACGAGAUCCUCAUGAGCACUAUGAUGUUUAUUGUUUUGCUCGGGAACUGAGAGGAGAAGUCUUCUAUGUCUCCCCACCCAGCCGACUCACGCUGUGGGGAGCUCGGGCUCAGUGCCAGAGCCAGGGAGCAGUUCUGGCCACUGUGGGUCACCUCUACUUGGCCUGGCAGGAGGGCCUGGACCAGUGCGACCCAGGCUGGCUGGCAGAUGGCAGCGUUCGUUAUCCCAUCCAGACCCCCCGGCGACGCUGUGGCGGGGAGGCUCCUGGGGUCCGGACCCUCUACAACUUCUCCAACCGCACUGGCUUUCCUGAGCCUUCAGUCAAAUUUGAUGCCUACUGCUACCGAGCCCAUCAUCCCACAUCACCACCCAGGUACCAAGAUAACCCUGCUGCUGAUGGGAAAGAUCUCGAGGCUCUGUCUGCAGAGGACCUGCCCGUCACAGGCCAUGAGAACGUCUUGCCCCUAGACUCCCAGGAGCCUCUAGUGUUCAGUGGGGUCCCUGCUGAGGAACAGUCCCAGGACUCCUCCCUGCUUCUCAAUGAGGCUGGGUCUGGAAAAGCAGGGGGGACCCCAGUUCCAUUCCCUGUGACGCCUUCCUUGGUCAGCACCAGGUCUCAGGAGCCGGAGCUGACCAGACAGGAUGACCCAUGGAUGAAUAUGGUAGACAGAACACCUGUGCCCGAAGGUUUCCAAAUAGAGGGCACAGGAGCCCAACACUCAGCAGGAGGAAAGACAGAAGGUGUCACCUCAAACCCCAGAUUCGCAGAGGACCUUAAAACCAAGGGGACUCUGGCAUCCGUCACUGAAAUGACUGUGGCAUCUGAUGCCCAACCCGUGAGCAGCACUGCGGCGGCUCCAGUGGGCACCACAGCCAGGAGGAGGGGUCUGAAUGGGCGGUACUUCCAGCAGCAGCUUCUGGAACAAGCAACUGCCAGGAUGGGAUGGGGCGUCAGGACAGGCACAAGCCCCACUGCCCCAGGCACUAAGGAGGCUGGGAACCACGUGGAGUUGCCCCUGAUCACAGCCACUGGGCCCAUGCUGGGCCCUCAGAGCACUCUGUCCAAUGAGGUGGACAGACCCCACUCUAGCUCUUCAGGAAUCCAGAGAGAGGGGGGUCAACGGAGUCCCAACUCUGGGCCAUCACCAGCCCCCAAGAAUAAAGAUGAUGCUUUUCCUGAAAGUCAGGAGAGUGUCUGGGACCCCGAACAGGGAACCUCAGGUCCCAACAAUGAUCCCCACUCCAGCCUGGAGCCAGGACACCAUGAGGAUUCUUCAGGGGAGGCCCAUGGUGAUAGGGAUCUGCCUGUCCUGGCCAUGCUCCGGGCCCCCAAACCACCCUUUAUGUCUCUGCCCACACCAACCCUGGACACUUCUUCCCCUGUCAGUGUCAGAGACGACGUGGGGCUGUCUCUGUAUGGUGGAACCACAGUUGCCCCAGAAAUACCCCACAGUCCUUUUUCCCCCUAUACUGACUGGCCACUUAAAGGGACAAACAUCAUAGAAGGGACUGAGAUUACACCAGAGAUAAAUGGGACAGAGCCACCUGCACCAAGCACAUUCCUAGCCCCAGUCCCCUCCCUCACUCUAGGGUGGGACAGCAAGCAGCUUGAGCAAGGUCAAGGGGUUAGCCCAACUGAAUAUACUGGAUCCCCCACAACCACGGAGUUAGGGACUCCCUUACCAAAUGGAGACGACAUCCCAUCCCCAAGUCCAGGAUCCGGCCUAUUGUUGCAUCAGAACUCAAGUGCCGAGGCUUGGGAGGAGUCUAAAGGAAUGGAGAAGUUUGAUUUCUACACACCCAUUCCUUCUCCCACUCUAGUCCUAGGAAACCAGAGCCUGCAGCCCGGGUCUGAGCCUGAAGAAGUGGCCAGGACUGGUGAGCUAGCAACCUCCUCACCCCAGCCAGCGUCUGAAGCUGGGCAAUCCCCUGGGCUGUCCUCCAGCACCACGGAUGCAACCAGUACUGCCUCUCCCCCGGACAGCAGCCCCUUGGGAGAGGUCGCCUUUUCGUCCUGGACACCAGGAGCCUCAACCCUGGCCAAGAAUGACUGGGCCACCCCAGCCACCCCAGAACCAGAGGGAGAGGACAUCUCCGGAGAGGGGCAGAAGGGGGCUUCGUGGGAGACCUCCCAGACCCAGGUUCCCUUAUUGCCCGACCUACUGGAAGAAAGAGAGCCAACCAGAGAUACUGCCCUUCAAAUGCAAAGGCACAAUCUUCAGGUCCUAGAGAUUCCCGACCCCCAGGAGGGUGGCCCAAGCUCUGCUUUGGAUGCAGGGUCUCAGGCUCUCGGUGAGACUGGGAGUGGAGAGGAGUCAUCGAUAAUAGGGGAACUGGAAAGCGGAUCCUGGGCUGGGGAGAGCAACCGGAGCAGUGAGGAAGUUCCAGCUGAUCCUUGUGAAAACAACCCCUGUCUUCAUGGAGGAACGUGUCAAGCCAAUCAUACCACCUAUGGCUGCAGCUGUGACCAGGGCUUCACGGGGGAGAAUUGUGAGAUUGAUAUUGAUGACUGCCUGUCAAGCCCUUGCCUAAAUGGGGGUACUUGUAUUGAUGAAGUCAACUCCUUCAUUUGCCUGUGCCUGCCCAGCUAUGGCGGGAGCCUCUGUGACAAAGACACAGAAGGCUGUGACCACAGCUGGCACAAAUUCCAGGGACACUGUUAUCGAUACUUUGCCCACCGCCGAGCCUGGGAGGAUGCAGAGAGGGACUGCCGCCGCCGGGCUGGCCAUCUCACCAGCAUCCACUCCCCCGAAGAACACAGCUUUAUCAAUAGCUUUGGCCAUGAAAACACCUGGAUUGGAUUGAAUGACCGGAUUGUGGAGCAGGAUUUCCAGUGGACAGACAAUACAGCCCUGCAAUAUGAAAACUGGCGGGAGAAGCAGCCAGAUAACUUCUUUGCAGGUGGGGAGGACUGCGUGGUGAUGGUGGCCCAUGAGAGUGGUCGCUGGAAUGACGUCCCUUGUAACUACAACCUUCCCUACGUCUGUAAGAAAGGCACAGUGCUUUGUGGCCCCCCUCCAGCGGUGGAGAACGCCUCGCCGGUCGGCCCUCGGAAGGCCAAGUACAGUAUCCACUCGAGUGUGCGCUACCAGUGUGACCAGGGCUUCACGCAGCACCACGUGGCCACCAUCAAGUGUCACAGCAAUGGAAAGUGGGACCGGCCCAAAAUUGUCUGCACCAAACCUCGUAGGUCACACCGCCUACGGCGCCAUCACCACCACCACCAGCAGCAUCACCACCAGCAUCAUCACCAUAAAUCCCACAAGGAACGGAGAAAACACAAGAAGCAUCCCAAGAUGGACUGGGAGAAGGAGGAGGAAGACAACUUCUGCUGAAGGGCUAAGGCAUAAGAAGCACAACCCCAAUUCCCACUCUGACAGAACCCUCUCUCUUUCCCAAUCUCCUUUGUAAAAAGCCCUCUCCAUCCCUGUUUCUCAAUCCCACAAGGUUCUCCCAUGUAUUUGAAACAUGGUCUGAUCUACAACAGACCUCUGGUGUAAUGUCCUAAUCAAAAGAAGAACAAUCAGAAAGGGUAUAUUAUGCUUUGGUUUAACCUUCUAUUCACAAGGCUGAUUGUUUAUUUGUAGUAAGGGAAUUUGGCACAUGAAAAUACAUUUGAAUUUACUUUCAAGAAUUUUUUUUCCCACUGGGGAACCAAGAAUAGCUAAAGCACUAUUGUGCCAGUGGCCUAGUCAGAGCUGAAACUUUACCUAAAAUGAUUAUUCUUGAGAAUAGAGGGAUGACAAAACUGUGUACAUGACUUUGAUUGUUCUCCCUCAUCAUGGACAUUAACUGUUAGAUUUUUAUGACAUGACAGACACACAUCUGCACACCUACAUGUGUGUGCAUCUUAUUUUGGUCUGAAUAUAAGAUUCAACAGUUUUUUAAUCACAACCUCUCCAUUCUUGUAGUAUACCACUAUCCAUAUCCAUACCUACUCAGUUACUCAAAAACGCUUAACCUUUAACUAGGAUGGGACAAUACUUUUAGAAUGUUAUGGGAGUGGGGUCAAUUUAUAGUCAGGGUUGACCUAUAUUCAGAGCAAUAUGACAGGUGAUGGAAGGAGGUUGGAUUAGACGGACUUUAAAGUCCCUUCCAACUCUGAGAUUCUAAAACUCGGAUACUAAAAUUCUGUGACAUGUAAAGAUUCUGUGAUUCUGAGAUUCUCCAGAUCUAUGAUUCUGAGAUUAUCUGAUUCUCAGAUUCUGUGAUUGGGAGAAUCUAUUAUUCAUAUUAUCUAAGAAUCUCUGAUUCUAAGGUUCUGUGAUUCUGAGUUUUUAUGAUUCUAUGAUUCUAAGACCCUUUCCUUGGCAGGAUAACAGGAUGACUUGGACUGGCAAGGCUCUGAUUCCUUCAUACCUCUUGUCUUCAAAAUGCCAGGCCUAGGGGAUCUGGACAGCUAGCCAGGCCUUGAAGCUCCUUGCCAGUCUGAGGAGGGGGCCAGUUUGUCUACACCUCUACCCCCAUUCCUCCAUAGCUCAGGCAUUAAUAGUCUCCCAGACUAUAUCUUCACCCUAGGCCCUUCCUUAUCUCCUCUCUAGCCAUUCCCCAUUCCCCACCCCACAACUCUCUCUCCAAAUUCUCCCUCCCACCCUGUGCCCAUUUCCAGCGGCUGGCUGGUUGAAUAGAAAUGCAUAAAACUCAAAGUAGCAACACCCAUCUGUGAUCGUAUUGUAGAAAGGUUUGCAGUAUUAAAAAAAAAAACCCCACAAACACACACACACUUUUUUAAAAACAGGUUUUUUGUUUGUUUUUUAAAACAAAGAUGUGAGAAAGAAUGAGUGUUUCUCCCAGUCCAGAGAAGCCCUUUCCCUUCCCAGACCCCGUUCCUGUUUUUAGCUCAGAACCAUAACAAGCAGAACAGUGAAUUAUACCCAGUGUGAAGUGACAAGUCUUAGUACCACAGUCUGAGACAUAGUCCUCGUUGAGCCUAGUGGAGUCAGUGGAGGACAAGCCCAGUCUGCUGCCUGAGUCCCAGACAAUACAGGGUAUAUUAUGGCUGAAAGACCAAACAUAGGAUCAUCGCCCUAAGCUGAUAAGAACAAGGAGCAAAUCCAGUAUUCUGGGUUCUGUAUAUAUUUCCUAGUUUAAAAAAAAUCAUUUUUUAAAAAUUGUAAAUGAAAGAGUAGGCUUUGAUCAUAAGUUUUAAUAGGGGGAAAGUUUCAACUGAGCCUGAGUUCCUACUGUGACAAUUUAAACAAUGUUUUUUAUCACAGGUGGCAAUAGGCUCUCAGGAAGAUGGGGCAUUUGUUAAACGAUGGGGGGAAUGCAGAAGGGAUGGGGGUCAUGAUACUUAGCACUAAGGGGAGACAAAGAAAAAUAAGACAUAGUCCCCACUUCUGAAACUUGACAAUAGAUGUUCAAACAGGACCCUGAUUUGGAAUUUUUCUCUUUAUUUUUUCCUGCUAUGGACAUGAACUGUCGUUCAGUUUCUAAAGUGGUCCUAUCGAGCCACAGUCUGGUGCUGGUUUUGUCCUUUUCUUCCAGGAGAGUCCAUAAGUUUCCAUUCAAAGCCUUUUCUACAUUUAAAUGAAGCCGGGAAAAGAUAUUCAUAAUUAUUUGCCUACCCAUCUUCCCUUUCUCUUUGGACUCACUGUAACUUUGGUCUCUUCUUAGUCUCUGGUUUUUCUGCUUCCAUCUCAUGGCCCCCUCCCCGGCUGGGGGAAAUCUCUCUCUCUUUUUUUCCCCUCAACGGGGUUGUUUAUUAUCUUUGUAUGUGGAUGCGUGGGUGUGCUGUGUGCGUGUGUUUGAAAAGCUUUGGACUCAGCUGGUUUUGCUGUGACUACAGUGUUCCGUAGGCCUGUGGUAUCUGACACUGUGCAUUGGUGUGCUCUCUUGGACAUUUUAAUAAAUUUUUUUAACAGUUCAA